UAAACCUUUUAAGUUUGCCUUCGAUCUUAUGACAAAUGAAAAGCCUGAAAAAGAAUAAUUCGGAUAGGAAAAAUAUUCUAAAUCGUCGAAAGUUAGGAAUAUCCGAUGCUUUCGUCGCCGAAUUACGAUUACUCCAUUCUCAAUACUUUACGCGGAGUGCCAAUGAGGGAACAGUGGAUGUGGAGGAAGUGGAGAAGUUUAGAAUCCUGGCUUCUGGCUGGUGGGAUAAGAAUGGUGCAAUGAAAGGUCUGCAUGCCCUCAAUCCCUUGCGGGUGUCUCUGGUGCGGGAUGGUCUGGUGAGAACUGGAGCUGUUUCGCCCCAGGCCACUGAAGGACCUCUGCCUCUGCAAGGAUUGGAAAUUUUGGAUGUGGGCUGUGGAGGAGGAAUUCUUUCUGAGGCGCUGGCCACUCUGGGAGCGUCGGUGACCGGACUGGACCCUUGUCUGCAGGUGAUCCGAGCGGCCCGAUUCCGUCUGUCGGCCCUUCCCCGCAUCCGGGACCGGGUGGAAUACGUUUGCGGCACGGUGGAAGAGUGGAGCGCGGGGGGCCGCCGCUACCACGCGGCGGUGGCCAGCGAAGUGCUGGAACACGUGGACCGUUUGGAUCGAUUUCUGGCCGGCUGCGUGGCCUCGCUGAAGGACAACGGAUCGCUGUUCGUCACCACCGUGGACAGAACCGCGGCCUCCUACCUGCUGGGCAUCGUGGCAGCCGAAUACGUCCUGGGACUGUUACCCGCGGGCACGCACCGCUGGAGCAAGUUCGUUUCGCCCCGGGAACUGCGACGCAUCUUGGAAGAAAACGGUUGUCGCCUUCGACUGAUCCACGGCACCCUGUAUCGACCCUGGUCCCAUGGCUGGAGCUGGCAGACCCACCGGGGUCUGUCCUACGCCCUUCACGCCGUUCGAACCUAGACCGCCCCGCCGACCUUCCGGGCAAGGAGAGAAGAGAGGGAGACGGCCGUUUCUCGGACGCCCCGGGGUGGAAGAAGACCGUGGCCGGUGGAGGAGAUUGCCUG